AAGCAAUUGUCCUUAAUCUGGGUAAGCAGACCCACCUGAGUUUGCAAGCGGGUUGCAGGGGCCACGGCUCCAAGUGCAGAGUUGGAGAAGCCAGGAAGGGAAGGCGGGAUGGUUAGCCUGGGCUCAGAAGCUGCUGUUUUUCCAAGUUGGUGUGAUACUCUGCAGGCAGUGGCAACCCUUGGUGACAUUUCUUAGUUCCAUAGUGAAAAUAGUAGGGAAUGGGUGGAAUGGUGGUGAUCGUGACUCAGCAGAAUAUUUCAUGAAUGCCAGAAUUAAGUGCCAGGUUUUGUUUUUGCUCUUCUUUUGAGCUAGAUGUAUUUUGUUUAAAAUGAAAACGUCAGUCAUCUUUGUGGUUCUAAAUGAGACAGACCUCUGAUAUUUUGUGUUAAAGAUAGCUGCAACAAUGUGUAUAUUGUUUAGGCUCCUGUCUUUAAAAAUCACCGGAGUCCUUGAGGUUUGCUAUGUCAGCCUCCUGUUAACUUUAAUAAAGCCCUAUAAAGUCAGAUCUGUUAUACGGUAGAGAAGCCAGGUAAAACAGUUAAGAAUUUUAGGUUGUCUGAUGUUGAAGUGGAGGACAAAAUUUUAUGGUGUGUUCAUUUAAAUAGUUCCUGUUUUGUCUCUCCUGAAUUUUGUAAGCUGCUGUGAGGUUAUAAGCAGUAUUCAAUAAUCUGGGUCAUGGAGUUCUAGAGUAGCUGUGCUCUAGAGGCAGACGCAUUCUUUCCUCAGUACAAUGCGUAGUUGGUCAAGUGGAAGCUUCAGUUACAAGCGCAUUUCUGUUUUUCAGAUGUCACGUAUUAAUUUAUUAUUAGGCUUUUGCAUGUGUAUCUGAGGAGUGUACGUGGCUCUCUCUCCUGCUCAAAGUGAAUCGAUAGGAAGAUAAGGAUUUAGCCUCUAUUCCCGGGUGUGGUCAUUUAGUAUUUAUUUUGUGUUGACUCAUUUUUGCUUAUGAGUCUCGUUUCAGCCGUAAGAAUCCUGUUUUGCCUCCCCAAGGUAGAACUUCCCCCAAAUCACAUUUUUUCUCUCUGGAGUUCGGAUGCCAGCAUGUAACCUAAAUGUCACCAGUCAGGCGCGUCCAAGAGAGACUGCGCUGCCCAGUGAGCGGUGGAGGAGUGUGGCUCUGUGUGGACUUCCCCCCCCCCGCCCCCGUCUCCUCCCUUGGGGCUGCCUCCCUCCCUCACCAGGAAUAACUCCUGUUAAUACAAUGCAUGCUCUUCCGGAUCAUUUUCUGUACAAAUGUAUAAAUAUUUACCAUUUUUCAUAAAUGUUUUUUAAAAAUGAAUGCAAGUAGGUUUUUUAUAAAACCAAUUGAGCAUUUUUGAUGUUUAGUUCUUCCUGUUUUGUGAAUUGUCUGUUCAUGCAUUUGCUGAUUUAUUUGCGUCUUAGUUUGAAAAACCAUUGUGUUUGUAGUAAGGAUCAUAACUCUUGUGGGUCAUAUAGAUUGUAGUUUGCCUCUGAGUUUUUUGUUUUUAGAUGUAAAAAUUUUAAUAUAUAUUCAAAGUUACUAUUUUUACCCUUGCAGUUUAUUUCUUCCUCAGAGACCCUUGCCUCUGUUCAGUUAUUUCGCCUGUGGUCACACAGCUGGUGAUCCUGGUGGUUUGGCCCGAGAGCACAGUCCCUUAACCAGUCUCUGCAUGUUCUGCCCUUCCAGGGCCCGAGAUCCUAUCCCAUAGACUGGAUUUGCUUUUGAAGCCCUUAAACACGCCAGAUACCCAGUAGCUUCAUGUUUAAAUGAUUUCUUAGAUUUAGGACCGUUUUCCUGGACGUGAAGAGGGAAUUAAACCCUUAGUUAGAAAGAAAACUUAAAGACUUGUGAUAUAUGUAAGCAACCCUGAGCUGUCUGAGGGCUCCUAAGAUGCUGUGCUUUCAGACACAGCAUGGUGAUGGGAAGACUGGGCAUUGGGGCCAGAUUGCCUGGCUCAGGUACUGGCUCUGCCGCCUCUGUCGUGUGUGCCCUUGAACGAGUGACUUGCUGCUGUGUGUCUUAGUUUCCUCGUCUGACAAGGGACGAUCAUUAAGUUACCCACUUCAUGGGUUUGUGAUGAGAACUGCAUCGGAAUACAUGUGAAGGAUUUUGAAGAGAACCAGGCACAUAGUCCACUGUUGGCUUAGUGAUUAUUACUUCAAGAUAAUUUUGCUUCCUACUUGAAAUAAAAAGAGGCCACAAAUAUGAAACCCAUUUAACUUCCUGCUCCUUUUCCCAUAAACUUAUAGGCAGACCUCACCCAUACGUAACCAAACCUUUUUCCUUUCCCGAAGGGCGGAAACGGAUUUCUGAGCCGUGUUGAGCCGCCUGAGGUCGAUGGUUGUAGAAUGCCGUUCAGUGGUUUUGUUUCUGUCAUGCUCAGAAACUCGGCUCCAAGACUGGAGAAGGCUUCGUCUAGGACUUGGGGCCUUGUGUAGGGCAGGAGGGAUAGAAGGAGAGAAGGUGAGGCGAAGAGGUCAGUUGAGCUGGUGUCGUGCAGGGGCUAGGCUAGUGAGGGAAGGAAGGGAUGUUGGGGAGAACAGGGAAGAGUCAAGAGAAGAAUCAUAGUAAGGUUCAGAAACAGGCUUUUUGUGUAAAAGGUUGAGAGCAUUGCCGAUUGUGUUGCCUGGAUACCUAACCUAUUUUUGGUGUUGGGAAACAGCAGAGGUAGGAUCAGGACUUGGUUUGGUUGAAAUAAUUAUCUUUUUCUCUAAGAAUUCUUUCAGCUCAAAAAUUUCCAUGUUUUCUUUUGAUCUUCCCCUCCACCUGAAAUCCCCCAAUCAUAGCAAUAACCUAUAAGAAUCUUGAAAUAAUUUAGGAACUGAACUUAUAAAAUAUGUUCCUCCCUUUUAAGAAUAUAGUUGACAGCCAUUAAUUAACAUUAAAUAGGGAAGAAAUCACAAUAAUAGGAAUUUGCUUUCCCUUUUUCAUAUUUUCCUUUCUUUGUAGAGUGUUCAUUCUUUCAAAUAGUUAUAUAGUUUUUUUUUUAAGAAAAAGGGGUGAAAUUAUUAGAAGAUGGAUAUAAAGUAGCUGAUGGGCAUUUUAGACCUCUUAUGUAAGAGAUCUGAGUAUUGUGUUUUACACAUGCCAGCCAGGAUUAAUGAGCAUACCAUUUGCUUAAUUUAUAAAUUAAUUUGGACACUUUUUACACUUCAUUGUCCAUUCUGCGUAAAUUUUUUGAUGAGUUAGUUCGCUUAAGGCGACAUUAAGCUUUCUCAUUCAUGUAGAAUCUAGUUAGGUCUUUUGGUUUAUUUCAUGGGCAGAGUAUAAAGUACUUGACGAAUUUGAUCUGACAGCUUUACAGUUAUGUAACGCAGAACAGAAGCUUAAAAACAACAAAGAAGAGGGAGAAGCGAGUGAUUUAUCAUAGCGACUUAUAUUUCUCUCCAGAACAUUACCACCCUUCUCUUGCCUCUCUGAACUGUAGCUGAAUGACCAUAAGGCUAGUAAUUUACUCAGUCUUAAGUUAACCAGUAUCUUUUUUUUUAUUAACAAUUAUAAACAUUUAGAGGUGAAAAGCUCCUUAGGAUUAUCGUGUCCAGGUGCAUCACAUUGCUAAUGAGAAUACAGAAGCCUAGAGAAGAGGAUGGCCUUCCCUGUGGACGUGCUGGAUACUUGCAGUCACGAGGACCUGGAAAAUUCCGCUGAGGAUUACAUGUCCGAUCUCAGGUGUGGGGACCCUGAGAACCCUGAGUGCUUCUCUCUUCUCAAUGUUACGAUCCCUAUUAGCCUGUCAAAUGUAGGCUUUGUACCUCUUUAUGGUGGAGAUCAGACCCAGAAAAUUCUUGCUCUUUUUGCACCUGAGGACUCGCUCACAGCUGUGGCGCUUUACCUUGCUGAUCAGUGGUGGGCUAUUGAUGAUAUUGUGAAAACAUCUGUCCCUUCUAGGGAGGGGCUUAAGCAGGUGAGAACUCUUGGGGAGAGAGUGGUUCUAUAUGUUCUGAAUCGAAUUAUUUAUAGAAAACAGGAAAUGGAGAGAAAUGAGAUCCCAUUCCUGUGUCAUAGCAGUACUGAUUAUGCUAAGAUUCUGUGGAAGAAAGGAGAGGCCAUUGGGUUUUAUUCAGUUAAGCCUACAGGAAGCAUAUGUGCCUCAUUUCUUACCCAAAGCUACCAACUGCCAGUUCUUGAUACAAUGUUUGUACGAAAGAAAUAUCGAGGCAAGGAUUUUGGGCUUCAUAUGCUGGAGGACUUUGUUGAUUCCUUUACAGAAGAUGCUCUUGGCCUGCGGUAUCCACUGUCUUCUCUCAUGUACACAGCUUGCAAGCAGUAUUUUGAAAAGUAUCCAGGAGACCAUGAGCUCCUUUGGGAAGUUGAAGGUGUGGGACACUGGUACCAGCGAAUGCCAGUCACCAGAGCGUUGCAGAGAGAAACACUUAAAAUUACAGCAGUUUCUCAAAAUGAAGCUAAAAGACCUGUGUCUGGAGAAUAUGGUCUUGCGUCUGUUCCAGAAUAUGAAGCAGGAACUGAAGACAAUCAGCCUAGUGAGAUGCAGCUAACGAUUGAUUCUCUAAAAGAUGCCUUUGCAAGCACUUCUGAAGGUCAUGAUAAAACACCUGUUUCCACUCGUACUCGGAGUAGUCAGCUAAAGCGGCCAAAGAUUGGAAAGCGUUUUCAGGAUUCUGAGUUUAGUAAUUCUCAAGGGGAAGAUGAAAAGACUCCCCAGACCUCACCUACAGCUUCAGUAAACAAAUUGGAGUCCACGGCACGCACCUCAGAGAGCUCAGAGGAAUUCCUGGAAGAAGAACCUGAACAGAGUGCGAUCGAGUUUGAGGAUGAAGGUAGCGAUAAAGAGGCGCGGCCCGUGCCGGAAACCCAGCCUCCCCCGGACAAGCAGGACGGUGAAAAGGAGUCUGAACUAGAGCCUGUGAAUGGUGAGAUAGUGGAUGAUACGCUUAAGACCUCGCUGACGACUGAAGAGGAGGACUCCGCUAGUGAGGUUUUAGAUGAAGAAUUGAAACUGCAGUCUUUCAGUUCCGGUGAGGACUCUGCUGCUCUUGUUCCGCUGGUGGUGGACUCUUCCAAACCCGCUGAGGCUGUUGCCCAGGAGAAGACCUCACAUAUAACUGACUCAGAAAUGUUGCUAGAGGAAGGCCCAGCUGAUGAAAAGGGGCACCCCGAAGAGAAACUGCCACUAGUUUCAAGAAAGAAAGCGCACUUUGGGAGUUCAGACAGUGUUGCUGCUAUCCCAAAUGAGGAGCGGUCUGACAGUGGUUUUCCAAACUCUGUGAUGACUGAGUUUUCUGAGGAAUCCAUCUCUGAAAAUCUGUCCCCCAACACCACUUCCUCACUGGAAGACCAGGGCGAGGAGGCGGCUCCCGAGCCCCAGGAGCCGGCGGCGGCCCUCCAGCAGAGUUCUCUGAUAGAGGUCGAACUCGAAGACGUGCCCUUUUCACAGAACGCGGGACAGAAGAAUCAGUCGGAGGAGCAGUCGGAGGCGUCUUCGGAGCAGCUGGAUCAGUUUACACAAUCAACUGAGAAGACUGUGGACAGCAGCUCAGAGGAGAUCGAGGUGGAGGUGCCCGUGGUGGACAGGCGGAGUUUGAGGAGAAAGGCCAAGGGGCACAAAGGGCCUGGUAAGAAGAAAGCCAAGCUGACCUAAGAGAAGGCGUGCAGAGCAUGAAGCCUCUUCCUUGUGACAUAGUGGUGGUUUUUAACUAUGAUCCUUAAUAAAUAGCAUGGGGCACAGGACAAAAAUUCCAGAAUUUCAAUUGGGACUUAGGAUGCCGUUUUUCCCUCCCCACUAGGACCCUAGGAUUCACCAUUCUUCUUAAUUUUUCAGCUAUUUUGUGUAAAUACAAUUUUUUAUUUUUAUUAACCAUGUUUCAAUUUUGGGAAACCAGAUCAUACUAUUUUUUCUUUAGCAGUUGGAGACAUCUGACCGUUAAUAUUUCAGAAAAUAUAAAUUAAAAAACUGAAAGUAGUAGGCUUUCUAUUACUUGUAAGGAUCACAGAAAUCUUUUAUACUAAGGGUUUUAAUAGUAAACUUGGUGAAGGUUCUAGAAGUUUUAUCUCAAAUAUCAAAACUAAUCACCAUUUUUUAAAAUGUAGGCAUGCCUAAACAAAAAUGUCAGUAAAUUAGAAUAAAUAUAACUUCAACUAAGUGAGAGCACAAAUACAGAAAUUUGUGGUCAAAGGUUUGUGAAGGUUUGGGCCUCUUAAUUCUUAGUUGUGUAGAGGCAAUUUCUUCCUUUGACUUCAGUGUCUGUGAAAAGGUACAAAAUCUGUGUCCAGCGCACUCUUUGUAGCAUCUGAUGCCAACAGCACUGCUAGGGAUUUCCCGUGGGCCUCUGGGCACUAGCGUAAGCCUUCGAAGUUCCACCUGAAGCGGGGACUGUGCUUUCCUCCUCACCCGUUAGCGUGUGUACUUCAGGAGCGUGAGAACCCUUCCUCUGGCGUCUCCUGACCCUGCCACUGCCUUUAGUCCAGAAUCUUACUGACAACCCCCUCAGCCGCCAUCCACUUCCCUGGCCCGUGGACUGACUCCUGUCCAAAGACCUGCCUGGCAGCUUGGGCCCUUGGCAUCCGUUUCUGGGCAGGUAUGGGCUGCACCCCAGCCUUGGGCCUGGGUGGCAGGAAUAGAGCUGCCCUGGGAGCUGCGGUUGUCCCUGGGGCCUUGCUCACUCUGGACCUGUUCUGUGACGACAGGUUAAAAGCCAGCCUGUGUGUGGACAUGGUGUUGCCAUAGCAAAGGCCUCUGCGUAGGAAAACAAAAGAAAAACCUCUUGGUUGUUAAUUUUUGUAUAGUAAUUUAUUGAAAAAUGGAUUGGUGGUUCUUAGACUCCAAAGAGAAUCUUCAAACAAUCCUACUCUUUGGAAGUAUUCUGUUCUCUCAAAUUUGCUCUUAAGUUGGAGAAUGCUUUGAGACCUUUUCGGUUGUUCUUCAAACAGCUUGGUCCCUACAUGAGGAAAACAUGUUCUGCCUGGUCCCUGUCGGAGGCGCUGAAGAUGAGUGCCGCAGGUUUAUUCAGCCUGCAGUCGGGGGAUGCCAUCAAAUCUUAUUUUGGGAUGUUGGUAUUUUAGAAAGAUCUACUAAGUUGAAUUGAAAAUCUCUAAGCUAGCUCGCGAACCCUCCUAUUUAUGUAAAAUUUUGAAUACUUGUAUCUCCUACAUUUUCUUUAAUUAUUGGUCAGAGGUAAGCCAGAUUAUUUCACUGUAAAUGGAAAUUAAAGCACUUUGGCCAUUUGUCUUCUCAACAAAUACUAAUUAAGUGAAAGAAUAAGUAUGACUAAUACUAGCGUAUCUAUCAGACAUUUAGGCUGUUUUAUACAUUUGUGAGAAACUUUUGUUAGUACCACAAUUAGGGGAAUGUUAAGAUUUAGUAAAUUCUUAACCUUUCCAUUUUUAAUUUCUUAAAAUAGAUUUAAAAACCUAACACUUAGGUAUUUUACUUUUUUACUUGGAUUGUUUAUUGUUGUCUUUAAAAUAUUUUCUUUAAAAAGGUGUAGUUUAAGAAGAUAGAGCUCUGACAACUCUUGAUGUGAGUGGUCACUGACUUGACAAAAAAGUUUAUUCAUAUAUGAUCACUGGGGACUAACAGGAUAAGCUUGGUAAACUGGGUUUAUUCUUAAACACUAAGUGCAUUUUAAGCAAUUUCAAAACUUUUCAGCAUACGAGAAAAUUUUGUUACAUAUUCUGACAGAAAAUGUUAUUUUGGGAAUUAUAGAUGGUAGAUAAGGAAAAGUUAGGUCAUGUGAAAAAACCUAACUUCCAUGUUCAGUAAAUGAGUUCUAUACCCAGUGAGUAUAGAAUUUAUAACAAAACUUAUCCUCCAUAAGGAAUCUAAAUAAAACUUAAUCAGAUACUUGUCGUUUUUGUAAGGCGUUAGAAAAACUUUCAAAAUUAGAAGACUGAAAUCUGAUUUCACCCAGCUCAUCUAGUCGUUGUGUCCAGUCACAUUGUAUAGUCCUUUGUGAACUGCUUUUUUGCUUAGAAGUCUUACUUGUGGAGAAGGGAGUUCAGUUUGUGUAAAUACUUAUAUAUUUCCUUGUGUAAUAUAAAGCAGUAAUUAGCAAAAUGUUACUUCUACUUUCAAGUUUAAAUUAUUCAAUUGCUAGACAUCACAGAAAUAUAUUUAAGACUUUAUUAUAAAUCUCCUCUAUAACUUGUAAAGGUGAGAGGGUCUCUUAUGAUUUUUUAUAAAAUCAAAUAGCGUGACAGAAUGUCCGUCUUCUGCUACUUAAAAUGUGUGUAUGUUCAUGGUGUUCCCAUUCAGUGCAGAGAAUUAUCAUGGCAAGGAUAACAAUUACUAGUGACUAAUGGUUCACUUUUAACUGACCACCAGAACGUUACCUAAAACGGUUCAGUGACUUUAGAAAAUAUCUUGAAGGUUUACGAUUGCAUCAAAUUGAGCCUUUACCUGGGACCUAAAUCAUCCGCUCUUAAGUUCUGCUUCACCCUUAGGGAUUACCUUCUAAGGUUUGGUCACACCAGCAAACUGAAACAUCUUAAUGUAAAUAAAGAAUUUAUACUAACAUUACUCAUCUGUGCAACAGUAUUUUAGAAAUAAAGUUCUGCCCUGUAUGUCCACUAGUAGCAAUAUGGUGUUUAGGGUGUUAUCCAGUCUCUCAUGGGCGUGACUAGUUACAAGUGUUAUGCUUCUGUUUGCAUACUUAAUAUCAAGCUUUCUUUGUACAAGAUAGCUAAUUUGCUUGGUUUUGGUUCUAAAAAUAAGCAAACCUCAGUUCUGUAGUAUCCACUGCUUUAGUUUUUCCUUUCACAUUCCAAAACUUAAGUCAUUCACACAUUCUCCAUUUCUCUUAGUAGCAGAAUCAUUUGUUAAAAUCUAAUUGUUAACAAGGUUCAGCUUCUGUCAUCCUGAAGUAGCUGUCAUACUGGAUAGUCAUUCCCAAGGAACUAGCCUUUCUUUUCCUAAGUGUCUGUGUGUUCUAAAGCUUCUACUAUGUUUAUAUACAACUUAGAAAAGAUGUUGCAUUAUUCAGAAUAGCAAGUCUUACUGAAGUACUUAUGUUUGUUUUCUUGAUAGGUUUUUUUUAAGUUUAAAAGUAGUAAUUAAACCUAUAUUUUGUGAUUGUUUCCUGGUCUGUGUUUUGAAAUUCUUUUCAUUUUCCCUAAUUUCAUUGAUGAAGAUGUGUUUAGAUAUUCAAUUUGUUUAGACAUUAAAUGAUUUUGUUAAAGGUACAGUUAUCACAUUGGUUGUACUUUCAAGUACAAUUGUUUAUUAAAAAAUAAAUAGAAUUUGAAACAA